UCUGAUGGCAGUAACACGCGUACACAUAAAUCCUACUCUGUCGGUGCAAUACCCAACUUGUAUUCGCCCCAAUUUUCAACUUCAUCAUCAUCAUCGUAGGCGCUACACACCCACCAGCUCACCACCUGGAAUUUUCCCAAUUCUUUCUCUGGAUUAACUUUUACUUCCGUCAGGAAUCUUGAAGCUUUUGUGACCCGCUAAUGGCUAAUGGAAUGACACCGGGACUAAUAUUACCUUCGGGAUCAAUGGAACAACAACCUUCUAUGUUGAUGAAAAACACCAAGUCACCUCAAGAAAGUCAUAACACGUCAGACGGUCCGAUCGCUAUACUUUGGGACAUGGAGAACUGUCCUGUUCCCAACGACGUUCGUCCAGAAGACGUCGCUGGUAAUGUCAGAAUGGCGUUACGGGUACACCCUGUGAUCAAUGGAGUGGUGAACAUGUUCUCCGCGUAUGGAGAUUUUAACGGCUUUCCUAGGCGUUUAAGAGAAGGCUGUCAAAGGACAGGUGUCAGGCUCAUAGAUGUACCGAACGGAAGAAAAGAUGCCGCUGAUAAAGCGAUAUUAGUCGAUAUGUUCCUCUUUGCUCUUGAUAACCCUCCACCGUCUUCCAUUAUGUUGAUUUCGGGUGACGUUGACUUUUCUCCAGCGCUUCAUGUGCUUGGUCAACGCGGGUACACCGUGAUUCUCGUGGUUCCAUCUGGGGUCGGUGUUUCAUCUGCUUUGAGUAAUGCCGGUAGUUACGUAUGGGACUGGUCGACCGUUGUUCGUGGAGAAGGGUUUGUGCCACCAUCGCGGUCUCAUGUUAAUGAAAACUUCGAUGCUAAAAACGAAGAAGAAGCAAUUGUGUAUAGAGGGAUCUCAAUGACAUCUCAGUCAUCGUCGGAAAACGAUUCAACGUGGGUUCAGCCUGGAGAUUUGACCGGUCUAAAGGGUCAACUAGUGAAGCUUCUAGAAACUUCCGGCGGGCGUUUACAAAUCGCGCGUCUUCCUUCCGAAUACCAAAAAAGCUUCGGGAGACCCCUUUGUGUUUCCGAGUAUGGCGCUACAAAGCUCGUAAAUCUUUUGAAAAAAUUUAGUGACGUGAUCUCCGUCGAAGGGCAAGCGCAAAAGAAAUUUGUAUUACUCAAGAAAUGCUCAACGGAUGUUAAUCAUGCCGUAAUUAAGCAUGAUCGGAAAGGAAAAGGCGCACGUGAAGUAUCGUCGGAUGAAUUCUCCGAAGACGAAAAAGUAGUUCUUGAAGAACAGAACGAAACGUUUAACCAGUUCAGGUAUGAAUUGCAAGAAAUACUAGUGAGUUAUUCUUGUAGAAUCCUUUUGAGUUGUUUCGAGGAGAUUUAUCAGCAACGAUAUAAACAGCCGCUUGAUUGUAAGAAAUUCGGUGUGAACAAUCUUGAGGAGCUGAUUGAAAAGAUGAAUGAAGUUGUAGCGUUGCAUGAGGAACCAGUGACCAAAAAGAAGUUCCUGGUGGCUGCUGGUUUGUAAGGUUCGAUGGACCGCAUUACGAACUCACGUGUUUGGGCUUGAAUUGGUUAUUGGUUUGAUGAACAAAGGCUGCAUGGUUUGUUUUAAUGUACCUUGUGGUCAUUGGAAUCAAAGCAAUGGCUUUGUAGGCCGAAACAGCAGCGAUGCGUCAUGUAAAAUGUUUCUGCUCCCACAUGAUCUUUUAGUUAAUGUGGUUGUGUAUCUUUUUAACACUUCAUUGCAUUGUCGAACGCAAAAAAAAAAAAAAAAAAAAAAAAAAGGCUACUUGUUUCUUUUCGGUCGAUAACGAGGGCCCUGAUGUGCGGUUUCCCUUGUAUAAAGAACGGUUGUAAUUAUCGCAUCACGGGUGACCUUGGACAUUAAUUAUAUUGCUAAUGAUUGCUCUCUUAAGUUGCUGCUUUUGAGCC